AUGGAUAGUCACCAACAAUACAUUGCUGAUCAGGAUGCAGAUCAAGCAGGCAAUAAUCCCCCUCCCCUCCCUCCCCUUCCUGACACACCAGAUGUUGUAGCUUCCAACAGCGUUCUAGUACCAGUACUGCCCGUGUACCAAGAAAUUCAAGCACAAGCCCAGCAUAUGGAGAACGUGCGAGAACAACUGAGGCGAUCUUGGGCUAACGAGAUGCAAGAAUUGACGCGUGCAGACCUCAAGAAGCACAGCCUCCCGCUUGCUCCAAUUAAGCGCAUAAUGAAAGCUGAUAACGACAUUAGGAUGAUCGCGCAGGAAGCUUUACCAUUAUUUGCUAAAGCUUGUGAGAUGUUCAUAGUUGAUAUCACAGCACAAGCAUGGAUUGUCACGGAAGAGGACAAGAGAAGGACCGUUCAGAAAAAUGAUAUCGUUGAAGCAGUUCUUAAAACAAAUAUGUUUGAUUUUCUUGACAACAUAAUUCCAAGAGAUGAAUUGAAGGAAAGAAUUCUCAAAGCCAAAAAUGCGAGACAAGGGGCAAGUUCAUCUACUGAUAGUGGAAGUCAUGGCAACAAUGCAUCGAGUGUGACAAGAGCUGUUGUUCAGCAACCCCCGCCGUUUGUCCCUUUGUUUCGGCCAGUACCACAGAUCCCGCAACCGUUUCUGUCUGUGCCUCAGCCUCAGUCCCAGCAAAACCAGGAGACGCCGUUCAUUCCCUGGCCACAGGGUCAUCAGAUCCCGGAGCAGCAUCUGCCACUUAUUCCCUGGCCACAAGCUCAGCAGCAUCUGUACCAGCAAACCCCGAUUAUUCCCUGGCCACAGACUCAGCAGACCCCGGAGCAACAUCUGCCAAUUAUUCCCUGGCCACAAGCCGAGCAGCAUCUGUACCAGCCCUGGCCACAGAUUCAGCAGAUCCCGGAGCAGCAUCUCUCAUUUAUUCCCUGGCCACAAACUCAGCACCAUCAGGACCAGCAGCCGUCGUUAUUUCCCUGGCCACAGACUCAGCAGAUCCCGGAACAGCAUCUGUCAUUUAAUUCCUGGCUACAAGCUCAGCAGCUUCUGGACCAGCAGACCCCGGAGCAGGCUCUUAUAUCUUCUACUCAGGCUGAACAGACUACUGACCAGCAUACCUCGCAGCACUUUCCUGUAUCUUGUAUUCUACCUGAGCAGAGUCCGGAACAGCAAAAUUUAGAGCAGUCAUCGCUUCAAGCUGAGCAGCAACAGGAUCAGCAGAAUUAG